AUGCGCCCGUCGGUCAAGUAUCGCAAAGAAUCGCGAGAGUGGGGUCAGAAUCCCGUUCAAAUGGAAAUCGUACGAGAGGGGUUUAUUGACGCUGAAGGCCACGCCCACUGUAUCUCUCCUUUACUGUAUGAGACGGGUUGGAUUCCAUUCGACGUCUGAGAAGAUGGAAUCAACUUUGACUGAUCUGGAGAGUACCUGUCAGUACACCCCAGUAAAACAGACCCUGCUUCUGAAGUCACCCUGUGGCAGAACUACGGCACACCAGACGUGGCAGGGAGGCUAAACCUGACGUGGAACAGCUCUUUGAAUGGAGCAGAUAAGGUCGACAUAGAGUUGUGGGGCUACAGAGAGUUCAGCCGCAGUCCAGAGGCAGCGAUGAACGGAUCGUCGUCCCUCCAGGCUGAGCUCAGCUACCUGUUCUCCCUCGGCAGGAAGCUGGUCAACAGUGGGGCCUUCAGCUUCCUCCCUGGCCCAGAGGGACCAAUCGGAAAUAUCCGCAUAACUGCUAGUUCUACGUCAGGUGGAGCAAGGGAUGAACCAGGACUCUGGAGUAGAGGUCACGUCUUGGCCUGGAACUUCGAGCAAACCUUCAGAGACGACUCUGCUGCCUGGGCCGAGGACAAGUGUCUGCAAUGGGACGUGGUGGAAGAGGAACAGCCCAGCUUCCUCAGUGAGCUCAUCGACUCUCCCUGCACUCUGGCCCAGGCCCGAGCGGACGCAGGCAGGUUUCAUACUGACUCCAGCUGUGACAUUGAGACGGGCAGUGUGUGUACUUAUCACCCAGGUAGUGUCCACUGUGUCAGAGCUAUUCAGGCCAGGCAUCUGAUGCUGACGGGAGACUCUUUCGGUGGCAGCAGCCCAGACAGGGCCCACGACUGGGGCUCUUCUUACAGGGAACCACCAGUGCCGGGCUACAUCCACUGGCUCUAUGAUGUCAUGAGUUUCCAGUACUGCUGCCACUGGUCCGACCACUGCCACAUCUACUUCAACCAUCGACCCUCCAGCGGCUGCCACCAGCCCCCGAAAGCUGGAGAGUUCGACCUUGUGUCUUCACCAGAGAGAGAACUGAGCAUUCAGAACAGCACCUCGGCCAAAGCCACGAGGCUGUCAGCGGUGGCCAUGAAGGAGAGGAGCUCAGAUGUGGUCGAGGUGCGUCUGGCAGAGCGACGCCUCCAGGUGCUGAGGAACCAGAGGGUCUUACCUUUCACAGAGCAGCGAUGGAUGGACCUGCACGGACCGUGGUGUUCCUCUCUGGUGUCGGCGUGGAGGUUCGUCACUCGGGGUCUCCUCGGUUUGAUGAACUCUGACCCUUCAGAUGACCUGUUGACCCGACACGGAGAGGUCAUCCCCUCACACGGCGCCACGCUGGAGGAAAUCUUCUCCUUUGGAACUGGAUGGAAAGUUCCGAAGACGUCGUCCCUUUUCGACUCAAAGCGCCUCUUGGAUGCCCACAGCUUCCCUGACCCUGCGUCUGUUCCGGCCUUCUCUUCACCUGAGACCCCCGAAGACCCCCUGGUGGCAGACAUGGUGACAACGUGCGUCGGAGAAGGGGCUCGGUUCUGUAAAUGCGACACGUUGACCACUGGGAAACUCCACGCUCGGGCCCACCGGAACUUUCAGGCCUUAAUGGACACCCUGCAGCCAGUGGUGUCUUGUGGCCGGCUCCCCCCACCCAGGAAUGGAAAGAAGAGCGGGACUCGUUACCUGGAGGGGAACACGCUGAGCUUCUCCUGCGAUGAAGGGUUCAUUCUGUUCAGAUCCACCCAACGCACGUGUCUGGAGGAUGGGACCUGGAGCCGAGAGCAGCCCUUCUGUCUGAACGACGAUAGUGUGAGGUUCAUACUCGGCGCUGUGAGCUCCAUCUCAGCAGUGGUCGUGAUGGGAGUGAUGAUCCAAAUGCACAAAAGGAAACAAGACAGGUUCCAUCCACUCAUACCUAUCCUGCAGCCAGCCACCAGGGGGCAAUCAAGACAGGUUGGCUUCACUGUUGGAGAGCUGUCAUGUCCACAUGUGAUAGAAAGCAUCAGACUGAAAAGGCUGGGAACCAGUGAUAGACAUGAACUGACUGCACCAAGCACCUUGAAUCGACCAGACUAUGAAGGAGGAGUCUGGAAACUUAAAGUUAACUUUUUGACUUGUUUGCCGAAGACGUGCAUGAAUAGAUUGGAAGACUAAGUUGAUAUAAAGUUUAAUAUAAUCUACAGUAAAAGGUGAGAUCAAAUAUACAUAUGUAUUUGUCUGUGUGAAAUAAAUACUGCAUG